UGUGCGAGGUCUUAUUUUGAUCAGAAACAUUUGCUCUGCAAAGCUGUGUUUUCAAAAAAAUUUUAAUUGCAUGAGUAUCCAGGAAAAAAACAUUAUUUAAAGACCCAUUUUUUCGAGGCUCUUGGAAAACUUGCUCAAAAUCCCCGAAAAACCAGUUUUGUAACCAAAAGCAAUACAGAUUCUGGAAGUAGACACUUCAGGCUAUCUUUCCAUGUGUGUAUCUUAAAACCGAUUUUUUGACCGAAAAUCACCAUUUCUGAGGGGAGGGAGGCCCUUAAUAGUUAAUAAUAACUAAAAUAAACUGAGAUAAACUAUCGUAUUUGCAGCCUUCAUCCGAACAUGGUCACCGAACUAUCGGAUUGGUGCAUGCCUAGACCUAAACAGUAGUUUGUUCGUUCUUUUCCAAAGACACGAACAUUUCUCUGGUAAUUCAAUCGUGAACCCAAGUCAAACAAACCUACCGAAGGAUCCUACAAGAUUCUUACAAAAUCUAACUUUAGGAUCCUGUAAGAUCCUACAAAAAUCUUGUGUGACUUUGUAGGAGAAUCCGAAAGCCAAAAAACCCUUCAAAAUCCUAUUGUAAGAUUCUUAUAGGAUCCUGUUGUCAGAUCUUAUAGAAUCUUGCAAGAUCCUACAGGAUCCUAUUGUAAGAUUGCAGUAGGAUUUUAUCGAAUUUUCUGCUGGUUUAGCCUCCUAGGUUUAUUAUUUUUAUUUGUUUGAUUAUUCUCUGAUCCCAGCCACCCAAAAUCAGGUGAUUCUGAGCUAGGAUAAGCCCAAGACUUGUGAGUACUGAUCCACACGUCGUUGAACAGUAGCGAGUUUCAUCCUAUAUAUAUAAUCCUAUAUUUUUCUAUAGGACUAUACCAAGAAUUUUACGGAUUCUGUGGCUUAGGAUUUCACAGAACCGUAUAACAGGAAUCCUAUGAAAUCCUAUUAUCAGUAAGAUUCUAUGGGAUCUUGUAGAAUCCUAGUAGGAUUGCUUGACUUGGGACGACGAUAUUCUUAAAUCUUUUUUAGCUUUCUUAAUUUUCAUGCUAUUUUUAAUCUUUUUAGGUAGUCCAAUUAAAUCUGGUCCUGUGGUUAAAUCGAAAAUCGAUAUUACCAAAAUAAAAGUAUGGAAUUAUGAUGAUAUCAAUUUGCCAACAUUUGAUGAAAUAAAUGCUGAAAUUGCAAAAUGGGCAAUAUUUAAAGAAACGAAUGAUAAUUCAUUUGUUUAUUUUGUCUUGGAAAUACAAGUUAUACCAGAUAAUCGAAUGACCGUUACAAGUGAACAUCGAAUACGAUUUCGUUAUGAAAAACAGAUGUUUUCAACAGAUCAAGAACAAUUAUUUUCAUCGUAUUACUAUCGUAUUGCAACAAUGCCUCGUAUAAUAAAAAUCAAAGACAUGUUACCAAAUCAUAUCGGUUCCAAAUCACUUGUUCGGUUAUUAUGGUGUCAUAAGAUUGAUACACAAUCAAUAGAUGAUAGCAUUGGUCAAUUAGUUGAAUCAAUAUGGUUAGAAUCAGUUGGUGAUCUAAAAGAGUUGUUGAGUGUUCAACCAGAAACAAUAACAGUGAAAAAUAUUAUCGAAGCUGAAGCUGUUCUAUUGGAGCAAAAGCGUUUCUUAGAUAAUAAUGCGAAUGAUGUAUCAGUUGAAAUCAAUGCCAAAUUUUAUUCACUUAUUCCACACAAUUCGCUGUUUGUAUUGGAUUUAAAUAAUCGACGUGUACUACGUGAAAAAAUGGAUCUGUGUCAAAUGUUGCGUGAUAUGUUAACUGUCAAUGAAAUAACAAAUUGGAAUGUAAAAGCCUCCACUGAAGCUAAAUAUCGUUCGCUGAAAUGUUAUAUAAAUACGAUGGACAAAGAUUCAUUGGAAUUUAGAAAACUUAGUGAUAUGAUUCAUUUAUCAUCCACAGAUUCAAAUGAACAAGUAAUUAUUCAUAAUAUAUUCGAAGUGACUAGACAAACGGAAGUAAUUAAUUUUCAAACAACAUUACAUAAUCAAUGUCAACUCUUUCAUGGUUCAAAAUACAGCAAUUUUCUUGGUAUUUUAUCAAGAGGUUUGUUAAUGCCAAAAAUAAUUGUUAAUGAAAUGGGAAAUACAAGAACUGAUGUCGGACAUUUAGGUUAUGGUUUGUACUUUUCAGAUUCAGUGAGUACGUCUUUGCAGUACACAAAUAAAAGUGAUCAAAACAGGAAGCGUUUAUUGUGUAUAUGUCAAGUGGCUCUUGGUGACAGUGCGAAUUACUACUCAUAUGCAUGUGAUUUAACGCAAGCACCGGAAAAUUAUCAUAGUGUUCAUGGUGUUAAAAUGACAAAUGAAAAUCAUUCAGUAUUUGAAGAUAAUGAGUUUGUCAUUUAUAAUCUUGAUCAACAACGUCUUCUCUAUUUGGUGGAAGUUUCAUGGCAUCCACAUGAUGUCAUUUCAAAUAUUCCCAUCACAAAAUUACCAAUUAUAUGGGAUCAAAUGGCAGAGCGGCAACUAUCAACAAUAGAAAUACCAGAACUAAUUGAAGACGAAGUAAUACAGAUCGCUGAACAAGAUUAUGGUCUUAUUACUUCUGGUCGACGUUUGCCAUUGAAACAAUUUCAUAUUCGAGCACAAUUAAUUGAUAUUACCGCCGAAGUUGUACUGUAUCAAUUGUUUCAUAAUAAUAAUUCGCAAUCAAUAGAAGCCAAAUAUGUUUUCCCACUUGAUGAACAUUCAACCGUUUGUGGUUUUGAAGCACAUGUUAACAACAAGGUCAUCAUCGGUGUGGUUAAAGAAAAAGAGCAAGCUAAAAAAGAAUAUAGGGAGGCAAUUGAAAAAGGUCACGGUGCUUAUUUAAUGGAUCAAGAACAACCGGAAGUAUUCAGCGUGUCCGUCGGAAAUUUACCACCCAAUUGUGAAGUUGUUAUUAAAAUUACUUAUGUCCAAGAAUUGCCAAUUGAAAAUGAUGAUGUGAUGUUUCGCUUACCAGCAAAAGUAGCCGAUUGGCAAUCGAAAAUGGCCAUUGAACAUCACGACCAAACUAUACUACCAUCAAUUGGAAUGACAUCAACAACUGAUUCAAAUCAAAUUCAAUUUAGCUUAAAAGCCACCGUACAAAUGCCAUACUCAAUAAAAAAACUAUUUUCACCAACACAUCGUCUUCGUCGAAAGGUAACCGAUUGUCAAGCAAUGAUUGAAUUAAUUGAUAAUAUUUUUGAUAAAGAUUUUAUUUUAACAAUCACAUUGCAAACAAUUCAUAUUCCUCGUAUGUUAGUUGAAACAUAUAAAUCAGAUUCAGAAUCAAAAGCUUGUAUGUUAACAUUUUAUCCUGAAUUUGAUUUUGAAACAACACAAGUCACAAUUGAAAUUAUUUAUUUAAUCGAUUCAUCAAAUUCGAUGGAUGGAAAAACGAUGAAACAAGCGAAACAGUUGGCACAUCUUUUUCUGUCAAAUAUGAUAAGUUCCACCAAUAAAAAUAACAACAUUUUAUUUAAUAUUGUUACAUUUGGCUCAGAUAAUGAUGAAUGUUUUCCUGUGUCUGUUCCAUUAAUAAAAGAAAAUUUAGACAAAGCAAAACAUUUUGUUCUUCAUUCAUUGAGUCAUCGUGGUAAUACAGAUCUGUUUUCUGUUCUUCGAAAUUAUUCAUUAUUAUCUGGUAGAGGAGAACGUAAUUUUAUUUUAUUAUCCGAUGGUCAUCUGAAUGAUAUGAAAGCUAUUAUUUUGUUGUUAAAACAGCAGCAAAUGAAACAUGAUCGAUUUUUUACAUGUUCUAUUAGUGAAACAGCUAAUAAACAUAACCUGAAACAAUUAAUUAGUUGUACAAGUGGUGGGGGUCAAUCAACAGUAUUCGAUACUAACUAUCGUUCGAAAUGGAAAAUAAAAGUAUUGAAUAUUUUAGAAAGUAUUCGUCAACCAUGCGUCAACGGGAUUGUUAUUGAUUGGCAUAACGAACAAUUAGAUGAAAAUAACAAUCUGCAAUUUCUUCAAGCACCAUCACAUAUACACUCACUGUUUAACGGUCAACGUCUAACAAUUUAUGGUUUUAUUAAUAACUGCUAUAAAGCAACACUAAAAGCAAAUGUUAAUGGAUGUGAAUUGACAACGACUGUAUUUACAAAUAAAAUGACUGAAACAACAGGAAAAAUUCUACAUUGUCUGGCAGCUCGAGCAAUUAUUGAUGAUUGGGAAAAUGGAUUGGUGAAUAUGGACGAUAUAGAGAAUGAACUGAUAAAAUCUCACUUUAAACAACAUAUUAUUGAUCUGAGUAUAAAAUAUUCAGUCGUUAGCCCAUUUACAAGUUUCAUUGCCAUCGAAGAAAGGGAUAAAGACGAUAAAUUUACACAUGAAGGUGUUCAACUGUUAGAUAUUAUGUUAGAAAAAGACAUAGAUGUAUUACCAUACGUUGGAUGGGAUGGCGAAAAAUCGCAGUCAGUCUCAAUAAAAGAACAAUUAAUUGAUUCAAAAAAACAAUUGGAUUCAUCGUCUGUAACAGAGAAAAUUCGAUUAUGUCCGGAACUUAUUUCCUUAUGUAAAAAUGUUUCAUAUCGACAAUGCUAUGAAAAAUUUGAUACAAUGUUAACGUUGAUUGAUACAUAUUAUUAUACAUUAAAAAAUCAAGAACAAGCUAUCGAACUUCUGAAGCAAAUGAAAUUCGAUGUUAAAUUGGAAAUGGAAACGGCAUCCUCUGAAGAACGUACGCAAAUGGAAAGUCGUUUGAAUUCAAUGAAAUAUUUGUUUGAUGAAAUGUUGGAAAAAGAAGAGCUCGAUCUUUCUGUGUUAGAGUCGGAAUCCAAAGAAAGUAGUAUGACGCUGAAUGCUUUUAGUACAAAUUUAACGUGGCAAAAUGAUCUAUUUGAUGUAACGCCAGCAUUGAUGCCACCAGAGAUACAAAUGGACAGUAAGACAAUGGAAAUGUAUGCACGACAAUUGAGAGAAGCAGCAGCCGUCCCACUUCCUGACGAAGACGACGAUCUCGAGGGUGGUAUAGGCUGGGACGUGUUUACUGGUGGAAUGACGCCUACAUCGGUGGAUCUUCUGGAAAUGAACGAUGCCUGUUCCCUAAAGCAUAUAACCGCAUUAUCACCUGCUAGUAGCGGACCAUUCUUAAACUCAGCAGAACAAUCGCGUGAAGCUGAUGAAUCUGGAAAUGGAGAAGAAUUUGAUUUACUUGAUAGUAUAGAACUAUGCGUUCUCCCCACAAUAUCAAUAACUCCACAGCAACAAACAUAUUCUACAUCAGUCUCUGGUUUUUCUCCUGCAACGCCAUAUGUAUCUUCAAAAAGCGCCGCUAAAAAACAGAAAGCUGUUUUCUCGUCUACGUCAGAAUUAACAUCAUCAACAUAUUUUCCAACUUCGCCAACAUAUUCUCCAACUUCGCCAACAUAUUCUCCAACUUCGCCUACUUACAGCGCAACACAAUAUGAAAAUUGUCCGUAUACAGCCGAUUGUGAUCUCAUGCUGAACCGGACGCCUGCUACACUAGUAUUUGGUACUAAUGAUAGAGACAAUACCAGACCUGUUUAUACUCCAAAUUUCCCAUCAGUACCAUUGAUGUCAACCACCACAUCUUCACCGUUUCUAUUUGGUGCAUCAUCCGUAGAAACAACAGCCCCAUCUUUCGGAUCCGCUGCAGCGGCAGCUCCUCAGCUACAAUCAUUCGGUUUCUCUUCUCCUAAUCAACAACAGCCGCCUCAUCCACAAUCAUUCGGCUCAACGACAACUUUAUCGAUGGAUUAUCAGCCAAAACAAAUGGUAACAAAACAAAAUCGUGGAGCUCAAAGACAUUCAAAGAAAAUGUCCACGGUUGAAAUAAACCAAGGGACUGAACAAUACCAACGACAAGCAAUGCCUCCAGCACCACAAAUGUCAGAUUUAAAUAAAUCAAUACAAGCAGCAGGAUACUUUCCCUCCUUAUUUGAAAACGAGUCAUUCUAUGACAAGUCGUCGGCAGCAUCUACAUCUUUAUUGGGAAAAAUAAAAAAUGUUGUUACGUCAGGAAUUAGCAGCCUUGGGUUUACGUCAAGACAAAACAUGCAAUUGCAACAAGGUGGCGAGGACUUCCAACGAGGACUUUCACCAAGAUCAGUGAGCUCAAGAAGGGGCGGCUUUUCGGAAUUAGAACGUGGGAGAGGAGCAAUGUCUAAUAAAGGAAAACAAGCUGCGCACGCCGCCCGGUUUACUGAUACAAGAGCAGACGAACAGGCUCGAAGUUGUCACAGUCCUGUUCCACUUCCAGAUUUAGAAACAGACUCACCACCAUUGCAAUCAAUCGUACAAAGGUCUGAGAACGAAUUGUCUUCGUUGACAGAAACCAGAAAAGCUAAUAAAAGCGCCAGCAAAGGAUACUUACACAAGACCGAUGCUCUAAGAUCGAAAAAGAAUUUACUACCACCACCACAAGAAGAAGAACAGAAAGUAUAUCAUGUUAAUAUUUGUGAUCUAUUAUUGUUAGACGUUGCACCAUUAUCUUUGGGAAUUGAGCUAGUGAGCGGUGAAUAUGUAGCCGUUAUCCAACGAAAUACAACAAUACCAACAAAAAAUUGGGCUAUAUUUACAAAUGCAUUUGCUGGUCAAACAACAGCUACAGUUAAAAUUUUUGAAGGUGAACAUCGAUUAACAAAAUAUAAUAAUUAUUUGGGUGAGUUUACACUUGAAAAACUGUCCAAAAAUUUUGCUUCUGAAACAUUGAACAUAACUAUUACUAUGGAUAUCGAUGCUAAUGGAAUAUUAAACGUUACUGCCGAAGAACAAGCAUCGCGAGUGAAAAAGUCAAUUGCAAUAACAGAUGAUAAAGGUCGUCUGACACGCGAUUUUAUUGAGCAACAUGUACGUUUUGUAGAAAGUUUACCAUCUGCUGAUCACGAUUCGUCGACACCAUUACUUGAUCAGAUGCACCGCAGAAUGAUGACAGCUGAAUUAAUCGACAGUAUAUUUCAACUUCAGAAUGAUGAUGGUUCAUUUUCGUUCACCAAAGAUCUGCAGGCCAUAUUCAAUAAUAUUGAUUUUGGUAUAGUUCAACAACAUUUAACUGAACAAGGACUAAAUUCAUUUGCUGAAAAAAUCCGCAAUGAAAUCAAUGAUUUGAUUUGUACAACUGUGAUCGUAAUUUAUAUUAUCUCGCAAAGUGAAUUAUCAUUGACAUUAACAUUUCCACUUGAUAUUCAUUCAAUCAGAAAUUUAGUUGAACAAAUUAAAAAUAAUGGCAAGAAAAUUGAUCCAAUAAUGGAAAACUACAGAAGAGAAUAUGGAAUGGCAUUUGAUUAUGUUUUAAAAAUGCGUGAUAAAAAUUCAAUGUAUUGUACACAGUUAGAGUUAGGCUCUACGUGGGAAUUAUAUAUUCAAAAAACGUUGCUUGGCCUUGAUAAUAGUGGUGAUCAUGGUAUUACUCUAGUUGUACAUUAA